AUGUCGCAUAUUCACCGAUCUGCCUUGGACACCUGUAUUGCCUUGGAUAACGCGCUGGGAAACCUUGAGCACACCGUCAGGAAGCCUCCCUACAUUCUCGGUAUUGAGCAGUGCCGCAUCUGGAAUACCAGCGACACCAUUGGCAAUGCCGAUUACCUCUGGGUCAGAGACUUCCGAAUUCUACUGGCCUACAAGGAGCGCCAUAACUACACCUAA